AUUAAAGAUGUGAAAUAAUGUGUGUGUUCAUUCCUUCAAUAAAGACAACAUUUGACCCACUUACAAUUUUUUUAGCUUGCAAGUGCUGGUAGUGCUUAAUAAAUCAUUUUGAGAAAUUGCCCCAAAGCACCCAAACUAGUGUUUAUGUAUAUGUUUAUGCAUUAGGUCGAAUAUGUCUGUACUUGUUCUUAACGUUAUAUGAACAGAAGUCUAUGCUAUUUCCACAUAGUAGAUGCGCGCGUCUGUUUAUCCAAAAAUGUGAUCCAAAAAUGUAUUUUUAUAAAUUGCAUUUUAAUAUCUUAAUAUGUUAUACGUUUCAUUUGUAUGAAUUCAUUUUAAAGUAUUAACAAAAGUCUGUAUGCCUGUACUUGUUUGUGUGUGUGUGUGUGUGUGUGUGGGCGCGCGCGCGCGCGUUUGAUCACUGGGUGGAGCUGUGCGCGGCGCGGCAGCUGCAGGUCUCGCGUCUCUUCGCUCGGUUCUCUCGCUCGGUUCAUUGCGGUGUCGGACGGGAUGUCGCCGCAGCGGCCGUGUGUGUGAUGAGGAUGGUGAUGAUGAUGGAGGAGUCAGACAGCAUCCCCUGCAGCGCGGAGGACGGACUCCUGUCCAGUUGGAGAUGGAACCGAACCGCCCGGGAUCAGGUCCAGAUCAAGCAGAAGAUCCGAGAUCUGCCCGGUUUAUUAAAACACGGACUCAACCUGCGCAAAAAGACCCAGUCACCUGAUACCGUCCCAGGACCCAGCACGGGUGUCACACCCAGACCUAAGACGUGCUCACAGAGUUUUCCCUGUGCUGGACGUGCGCUGAGAAAUGCUUUUCUCUCUCAUGGGCCGUAUCCGGCGAAAGACAAGAUUCACCUCGCCCGGAUAAUCAGGAGGAGUUAUGUCGGUGUGGAGUUGGUGCAGUGGCUCCUGGAACAGUGCGUUUCAGUUCAGUGCCGGAUAAUGGCGUCACGUGUCUGGCAGGUGCUCCUGGAGCUGGGAAUACUACACUCGGUGGACCAGCGGGUGGUGUUCGAAGACUCAAACACGUACUAUCAGUUCUCAUUUGAAGAGUGUGACGCUCAAGGCUGUGAAUUCAGAAAUGAGGAGGAAUGGCAAAAUGGAGUUCGUCUUCUGCUUCAGAUCGUACCCUACGUCCAGUUCAGGGUCGUCAGUCCACCAGAGGAAGACCCUGACAGAAAGCGAGAUAUCUGCAGUGAGAUACUUCAGAUGAAAGCUCUAGAGAGACUCACGUCUACAGUGCAAAAUGAACUUGCAGCUGCUCUCGCAAGAAAAGCCAAAAAAACAAUGUCUGAAGAUGAAAGCUCAGAGGCAUCAGACAGUGCUUCACUCGACCCACCGAAACCCACCGAAGACAAAAGCAAGCAGGCGGGUGUCUGUGCCCUUCGAGCCCCAGAUGAGUUCUCGCGGCUGGAGAUGGUCCAGCGGUUGGCCAAGGAUGGAUAUCGCUUUCUUCAGAACCAGAACUACAGGCUACCAGAUCGCUCUGUACAGGGUCCGGGUGAAGGUGUGGUGCGAGUCUGUCUAAAGGAGAGAGGUCAGGACGUGUUAGUUCUUCAGAGAGUCCCGGCAGAUCCAGCUUCUCCACAAACCGCAGCGAUCAAAGACGAGGACAGCGAUAAAAGGUACGUGGUGGUGUCCGGGACGCCCCAUAAAAUCUUGGAGCAUCUUCUGAGUGAUCUUCGUCUGGAUGAGCACCAGGGGGCAGCGGAGGGAAAAGAGGCAGAAAUGCUUCUGGACGACUUCCUGUUGACUUAUCUGGUCUUCAUGUCCACCAGUGAACUCUGUCAAGCCCUGCUGGGACACUACUCAACAAAGCGCUGUCGUGGUAAGGAGGAAGGAAAGGAGGCUCUCUAUAGGAAGAGGAAGGUACUGCACCUGGUGUCUCAGUGGAGUUCUCUCUAUAAAGACUUCCUGAGAGAAGAGGAGAACGUCAAGCUCUUCAUGAAGACGCUGUAUCGAUAUGUGUUGGAAGAUGUUUACGAGUUUCCCACGCUGGAAAAGGACCUGAAGGAAUUCCAGAAACUUCUGCGGCGUAGACAUACAAUGGAUGACUAUUCACCACAGAAGAAGAACAAAGCUCUUUAUCAUCAACUGAGUCUAAAGGAGAGCAGUGUUCAGCUCCGAACUCCUCCUGUCGAGAGUAAAGACGUCAUGUGUCGUGUGUAUGUGAGUUCAGACUCAUAUCUCAGUAUGAGAGUUAAACCUGCAUUGAUAGCUCAAGAACUUCUGCACAUCGUCGCUCAGCGCAUGGAUAAAUGUGAAGAUGACCUGAUACUGGUGGCCCAGACGUACAGCGGAGAGAAGCGAGUCCUUCAGGCUCAUGACAGUAUUUAUUCAGACUCUCUGGGGACUCAAGGUCGACUGACCGCCUGCCGCAGGGAUCUCACUGAGAUUCUGCCUCCUUUGACUGAAUGUUCAGAUUUGGGUCAGAAGCCCAACAGACUGUUGGGUAUCAACACAUGGGACGUGGCUGUAGCUCUCACCAACUUUGACUGGAAUCUCUUUAACUCCAUCCACGAGCAAGAGUUGAUCUUCUAUACGUUCAGUCGUCAGGCGAGCAGCGGACACACGGUGGCGCUGGAGUUUCUCCUGCAGCGCUGUAAUGAAGUUCAGCAGUGGGUGAUGUCUGAAGUUCUGCUCUGUCCAUCACUGGGAAAAAGAGUUCAACUGCUGAAGAAGUUCAUCAAGAUCGCUGCUCAUUGUAAAGCGCAGAGGAAUCUGAACUCAUCAUUCGCUGUCAUCAUGGGUCUGAACACAGCAGCCGUCAGUCGUCUUAACCAGACGUGGGAGAAAGUUCCUGGAAAAUUCAAGAAGCUUUUAUCUGAGCUUGAGCUGUUGACGGAUCCAUCCAUGAAUCACAAGGCCUACAGAGAUGCCUUUAAGAAAAUGAAGCCCCCCAAAAUACCCUUCAUGCCCCUGCUGCUUAAAGAUAUCACCUUCAUUCAUGAGGGGAACAAAACAUUUCAUGAUAAUCUUGUCAAUUUUGAGAAACUGCACAUGAUCGCAGACACGGUCAGACUCAUUCGACACUGUCAGACCGAUCAAACAGGAAAUGAAGUUUCCCAGUGUGAGAGUCCUGAUGUGAGAUCCAGCGUGCAUUAUCUUCACAUCAUUGACAAUCAGCAGACGCUCUUUGAACUUUCUCACAGACUCGAGCCGAGAGUCUAACCUGAUGGACAUUAAACACAGGUUCAGCUGAUAAAACACAUUAAACACCUUCACCGGACAGACACGUAUUCAACGCUCUUAGCACUGACUGAAUGUGAUUUGUGUUGUAUUUGUGCUCCACCAGAGGGCGACACUUUCACAGCCAAAUACACAACAACACAAUACUUUAGCUUGUUAAAGGACACAGGUUGUACCUUUUUUGAUGUUAAAUUGUUUAUUAUCUUAAUGUUGGUUGAUAUAAGACUUUUCCUGUCCACAUAAUACAGGAAAGGUGUAAACUCUUACAGCAUUGUUUUGUUGAAAUGCAAUCGUCAAUGUUAUUGAUCUUGGCUUUUAACUUUUAGCAGAACUCUGUGCUGAUGUUUAUGUGUGAAUUUAAUAUUUCAGACAGUCGGGGCUGGGCGAUAUAACAAGCAAACAAAUUAAGUUAUUUAUUUACAUUUUUAAGCCUUUUGCUGAUAUAUCUUAAUAUUUUAGUGAGGGAUUUUAUUGACAGAUUCAAUGCAGAAAAAUAGUAUGCAAACAGUUUCAAAACAAUCAAGACAUGUGUUUUUCACUAAAUGAACACAAGAAUGAUAUUUAAGCAAGUUUGCAUUUAUUUUCACCAAUGCAACAAUGCAAAAAAGCAAUGUUUUAUAUACUUUAACAAGAACAUUAAUAUAAUGCCACACAGAAACAUCUGUAAAGAUUUGUAAAUCAUUACACAAAGUCUAAUAGGGCAUACACACCAAACGCAAAUUCAACGACUUGCAUACAAACAUACAAAGUCAAUGCAAAGAAGCAAAUAGACGCAAACUCGUGAAUGCGAAUUGCAAGGCAAGAUUGGCGCAAAACAUGCACUGUUUUUGUUCAAAUAUUCAACUCAAGCGAAAAAGUUAAAUCUGGCGAGUAAUCUAGAGCGAGUAACGCAAUGCUUCGUGUUUUGUUUGUAUGCACCACACCAAAUGCAAAUUCAACGAUUUGCGCAAGUAGAUUAAAUACAAAGUCAAUGCAAAGAUGUGAAUGGAGGCGAACUGUAAAAACAUGCGCUGUUCACCUCAAUUGCGUCUUUGCGCAAAUUAAUAAUAUUAAAUUUAAGAAAAAUUUGCAUUACACAAUUUAAAUUCCACAAGUGUUAUGUUUGGUGUGUAUUCAGAAUAAUGGGGCAUACACACCAAAUGCGAAUUCAACGAUUUGCGCAACUAAAUUACAUGCAAAGGCAAUGCAAAGACGCAAAAUUGCGUGGGGCGAUGUGAAAAACGUGAAUUGGGGCAGCGUGAUUUCUGCAAAAACACUCACUAUUUGCCUUAAACACGUCUUCACGUAAGUUGAAAAUAUUAAGAGAAAAAUUUGCAUGACACAAAGUUAAAUCCUGUGAGUAAUCUAGAGCGAGUACUGCGUCGCUUUGCGUUUUGUGUGUACGCAGCACACCAAAUGCAAAUUCAACAAUUUACGCGAGUAGAUUACAUACAAACUCAAUGCAAAGACGUAAAUAGACUCGAACUUGCGCAGGGCGAUGCGAAUGACGUGAAUUGGGUGGCAAGAUUGCCGCAAAAACAUGCGCUGUUCGCCUCAAAUGCAUCUUUGCGCAAGUUAAAAAUAUUUAAUUUAAGCGAAAAAUUUGCAUUGCACAAUUUAAAUCCCACAAGUAAUUUACAGCGAGGAACACGAUGCUUUACAUUUGGUUUGUAUGCAGCAUAAUGGGGCAUACACACCAAAUGCGAAUUCAACGAUUUGCGCAAGUAGAUUAAAUACAAAGUCAAUGCAAAGAUGUGAAUUGAGGCUAACUGUAAAACAUGCGCUGUUCACCUCAAUUGCAUCUUUGCGCAAAUUAAUAAUAUUAAAUUUAAGAAAAAUUUCCAUUACACAAUUUAAAUCCCACAAGUAAUCUACAGCGAGGAACAUGAUGCUUUAUGUUUGGUGUGUAUUCAGAAUAAUGGGG